AUGGCUGUUCUAGACUCUGACAAAUUCGCUACCAAGGCAAUUCACGCUGGCUCUCACGUCGACGUGCACGGCUCUGUCAUCGAGCCAAUCUCUCUAUCCACUACAUUCAAACAGCACUCUCCAGCCCAACCUGUGGGUGAAUACGAGUACUCCAGAUCUCAAAACCCCAACAGAAAGAAUCUUGAGGAUGCGAUUGCAGUGCUAGAAAACGGUAAGUACGGUUUGGCCUUCUCUUCCGGAUCCGCCACUACUGCUGUCGUUUUGCAAUCGCUUCCACAAGGCUCACACGCUAUCUCCAUCGGUGACGUAUACGGUGGUACUCACAGAUACUUCACCAAGGUCGCCAACGCCCACGGUGUUGAAACCACUUUCACCAACAACUUGCUCGAGGAACUUCCUCAGUUGGUCAAGGAAAACACAAGAUUGGUGUGGAUCGAGUCGCCAACCAACCCAACCUUGAAGGUCACCGACAUUGAGCUUGUCGCCAAAACUGUCAAGAACAUUAACAAGGAUAUCUUGCUAGUUGUGGACAACACGUUCUUAUCUCCAUAUCUAUCGAACCCAUUGAACUUUGGUGCUGACAUUGUCGUCCACUCCGCCACCAAGUACAUCAAUGGUCACUCAGAUGUUGUUUUGGGUGUGUUGGCUACCAAGAGCAAGGAAAUCUACGAGAGAUUGCAAUUCUUGCAAAACGCCAUCGGUGCCAUCCCAUCUCCAUUUGACUCCUGGUUGACCCACAGAGGUUUGAGAACUUUGCACCUGCGUGUCAGACAAGCCGCUUUGAACGCCACCAAGAUUGCUGAAUUUUUGGCCCAAAGUGACGACGUGGUUGCUGUGAACUACCCUGGUCUUCCAACUCAUGCUGACUAUGCCAUUGUCAAGAAGCAACAUCGUGACGCCUUGGGUGGUGGUAUGAUUUCCUUCAGAAUCAAAGGUGGGGCUGCCGCCGCUGCUAAGUUCUCUUCUUCUACCAGACUAUUUACUUUGGCCGAAUCUCUAGGUGGUAUCGAAUCCUUGCUCGAGGUUCCCGCCGUCAUGACUCACGGUGGUAUUCCAAAGGAACAAAGAGAGGCUAGUGGUGUCUACGACGACCUCAUCAGACUUUCCGUUGGUAUCGAGGACGCUGAUGAUCUACUAGACGACAUUAAGCAAGCCUUGCAAGCUUCUAAGAACUAA